GCUUCAGUUCAAACCCGAGAGAUGGCGGGUAUUCCUGAAACGGUGCUGGUCUCCGCCUCGCAGGGUCAGGAUGCCCGGACCUCCUCAGACUCCCAGGCCUCGGCACCCGCCUCUCCGCUAGAGGACUUCCGAGUGCGCUGCACCUUGAAGAGGGCUGUGGUGGAAGUGAUGGAGCUGUGCGGUCGCUUCGUGCAAGAGCUCGGGGCCGCGCUGCCGGAGGACAUCCGAGAGCUGGCGCUGCGGGACGCGCAGUGGACUUUUGAGUCGGCUGUGCAGGAGAAUGUCAGCAUCAAUGGACAAGCCUGGCAGGAAGCUGCAGAUCACUGUCUUAUGGAUUCUGACAUCAAAGUGCUUGAAGAUGAAUUUGAUGAGCUCAUAGUAGAUGUGGCAACAAAACGUAGACAGUACCCCCGAAGGAUCCUCGAGAGUGUCAUCAAAACCCUGAAAGCUCAGCACGAGAUUCUGAAGCAGUAUCGCCCUGUUGUACCUCCUUUGGACCUGAAAUGUGACCCUGACCCAGCUUCUCAUGUGGAAAAUUUGAAAUGUCGUGGGGACGCCAUAGCUAAGAAAAUCAAUGACGCCAUGAAGGCUUUGCCUCUGCUAAUCGAACAAGGAGACGGCUUUUCCCAGGUCUUAAAGAUGCAGCCUGUCAUCCAGCUGCAGAGGAUCAACCAGGAAGUCUUUUCCAGCUGUUCCAGGAGAGCAGAUACCAAGCCUGACAACUCUGUAACACAAGUAGAAACCACACCAACUGAGACUGCAGCCAGGAAAGCCUCGAACAUAGUGCUGAAGAGAAAGCAUGUCCCAGACUGCUCCCAGAGACAGCGCUACCCGCUGCGGCCGAAGAGAAUUGAUCUGGAUGUAUGAGCUCUGUUUGUUUGGGAAUUGGAAGUCGGUGCUCUCAGUAUCCAGGUCACGGUCUGCUGCCCGGGGGACUUCAUUGAAAGUAACUGUGACUCUGUACAGGUGCAGUGCACUGUUCUGCUUGUCCUGGGCUGGGUCUCCCUCUGCGGUAGGUAAAAAGCCUGUGGAGUAUUGCACAGACCUGUCAGUGUCCUCAGAUGCUAUCAGUGCCAGCUGCCUUGCAGCCUUCGAGGCAUCCCAGGGGGACAUGCUCUGAGGGGUUUUCUUGAUGUGCAGCUUUCACUAUGUGCGAGGCCGUGAGGUGGUUCUUGGAGGCUUGCAGACUGGUGUUGGCUCUGCACAGCAGCCCGCUCGUUGCUAGUCCAGUUCAUCAGAGGAACACACAGAAGAUGGGCCUGGCCUUGGUUUUGUUCCACGGGCACUUAAUUCACAAUUUUAGGGUUUUGUUUUGUAAGAUAAAGGAGAAGGCUAUUAUUUGUGUAGGAAAUUAAUUUUUUUGUCUGCCUGUUUUCAAGACAGGGCCUCUCUGUGCAGACUUCACUCUGUAGACCAGGCUGGCCUUGAACUUAACAGGGUCCACCUGUCUCUGCCUCCUGAGUGCUGGGAUUAGAGGUGUGUGCCACCAUCGCCCAGCUGUGCAGGAAAUAUUCUUAAAAAGAAAACCUGAGGCUGGAGCCUCUGUUUCUUCCCUACGCUUUCAUUUCCAUAGGUCUUUGAACAUAAUUUGUCUGGGAACUGAUAGUUUCUUUUAAAGUCCUCAUUUCUAAAUAGAUCCUUCCAGUUCAAAGUGUAUAUAAAUUAGGGUUGAUUGGCAUGCUCCAGUUAAAGACAUUUGUUAUCCAAUAUAACAUCAGACCUAAAAGGGGUCUCAGCAAACUUACACUCUGAGAUUUGGCCAC